GUGACGCGUCGCCCACCAGUGUCACUCGGUCUGCGUUCAGUCGACGCGUAUCCGUGAACUUGGCCUGGUCCGAUCACCCUGGCCCCGAGGCCUUAUCAGAGGCGCCGCCCGCGGCCUAUAAUAGCUGGGCCGGCGUCUCCCUUUGCCUCCAGAUUGGACUGCGACUCCGGCAGACAUGUUUCGCGCUUUGUGCCUUCUAGCUGUGCUUGCAUCCGCCAGCGCCUGCAAGCCUUGCACGUGUGGGAUUGUUCGUGGCGCUCGGGUAGUGGGUGGAAGAGCAGUCACUCCUGGAGAAUUUCCCUGGCUGGCGGCAGUGAAGAGAGACGGUAAGCUGAUUUGCGGAGCCACAGUCGUCGCUAGAGAUCACCUCAUCACCGCCACACAUUGUGUCUACGAAGUGGAAGCAUCCCGCCUGACUGUACUUGUGGGAGAACAUGACGUAAACAAAUCAAGAUCAGAAGGCAUACGCGUGUCACACGUGUUCCAGCAUCCAGACUUCAAUCGAUACACGUACGACAAUGACAUCGCUGUACUGAGGCUCGCAGAGCCUAUACCUGAUAAUCUGUACCGCCCAGCAUGCUUGCCUGAUGAUGAAGAUACACUUGCAGGAGUAGAUGCUGUUGUAUCUGGAUGGGGUAGCACAAUUGAAAAAGGACCUCCAUCUAGUAUCCCCAUGAAAGCGGAAGUACAAAUUUGGUCACAAGAAGAAUGUAGAGGCGCUGGAUACGGUCGCAGGAAAGUUACACCGCGUAUGUUGUGCGCAAACGCACCCGAGAGAGAUUCGUGCACCGGGGAUUCCGGUGGACCCUUGCUUAUGGCGCAGCCACAUUAUACUAUUGUUGGUAUUGUAUCUUGGGGAAGAGGAUGUGCAAGACAGGGCUAUCCAGGCGUCUAUGCGCGAGUGGACCGCUUCAUGCCCUGGCUACGAGUAGCUUUAAGACAUGCUUGCACUUGUCUACCGCCGUCAGCAUCUUACAAAUAAUUAUAGAGGUUAACGUAGAGGCUAAAUAAAUAAAUUGUAUACUUAGAUUAAAAUUAAUUAAAUUAGAAUUUAUGAGUUCACAAA